CAAAGGAAAUUUAAUAGACAACUCAACUCCUCGUGCUUAUAGAAGACAAAGACAAUCGAGCUUCUACUCAUGCCUCAGAUUCAGUGAUUGUUGCUUUGGAUAACUGCGACUAAGAUGGCUCAGCAGGGAGGUCGACCAUCUCACGUAGUGGAAGGGGAUGAGAAAGUUCAACCGGAGUUGCGACAAGACGUUACUAGUGGUGAAGAACGCGACUCGGAAAAGGGCCUCGGGAAUGAACAUUCGCGGGACGAUGGGCAACUUACUCAGAUUGAUCCGGCUAUCGCCAGCCGCAUUGCAGCAAACGUCGACGAUUUCAUGACACUCGUAAAUGAGGCAAAUGAAGCGAACGAAAGGGAGCGAGGCAUGAAACUUUCGCAAGCCUUCAAGAUCUACCCCAAAGCCAUCGCUUGGUCUAUGAUUCUCUCCUCAUGUCUCAUAAUGGAAGGGUUCGGGACGGCAGUGGUUGGUUCAUAUAUUUCGUACCCCCCAUUCCGCGAUAGGUUCGGCACACAAGCCCCCAACGGGGACUAUCAAAUUUCCGCAAGUUGGCAGAACGGCAUUGCGGGUGCAACCAAUGUUGGUGAAAUUAUUGGACUUCAGAUCGCCGGUGUUUUGUGCGAACGCUGGGGUUACCGAUAUACGCUUCUUGUCGCAUUGAUCGCAGUUACCGGUUUCAUUUUCUUCCCCUUCUUCGCUGAUAGCCUUGCUGUUUUUCUUGUGGGUGAACUAUUCCAAGGAAUAGCAUGGGGUAUCUUCCAGACUAUGACUGUCGCCUAUGCGGCUGAGGUUUGUCCCGUUCCCUUGAGACAUUAUCUCACCAGCUACGUCAACCUCUGCUGGAUCAUCGGUCAAUUUAUCUCUUCAGGUGUGCUCGUUGGGCUUGAGAGUCGACAAGAUGAGUGGGGAUACAAAAUCCCCUUUUCUCUACAAUGGGUCUGGCCGAUCCCUAUUGGCAUUGGUACAUAUCUCGCGCCGGAAUCGCCUUGGUGGUGUGUACGACACGGCUAUAAAGAACGAGCAGAGAUAUCGUUGAAACGGCUGGCUAGAAGCUCUGGGUUUUCCCAACGCGAUGCUGAUGCGGCGAUGGCCUUGAUGGUCUACACGGACGAAAUGGAGAAGCAAGUUUCUGAAGGAACCACGUACUGGGACUGCUUCAAAGGAAUCGACCUUAGGCGGACCGAGAUCGUCUGUGGGAUCUGGAUCGCGCAGACCAUGUCCGGUACAGCAGUCGGUGGGCUAUCAUCCUACUUUUACCAACAAGCCGGUAUAUCAGAUUCGGACUCAUUCAAGCUCAAUUGGGGACAGAAUGGCCUCAAUUUCGUUGGGACUGUUGCAGCUUGGUUCAUACUGAAUAAGGUUGGACGAAAAACGUUGGUCCUUGGCGGGAUGAUUGUGAUGUUUGUCUUGCUCAUUAUCACCGGUUUCAUGGGCAUUCACACACCACCUAGCACGGCAGAAGCCUGGACGGCUGGAACGAUGGUCCUUCUUCUCAGUGCCGUAGCAAACUUCUCCAUCGGCCCCGUGGUAUACACCAUCGUAUCUGAAAUUCCAUCAACGCGGCUCCGUGCUAAAUCCAUCAUUCUCGCCCGCAACGCUUACAACGCCAUCAACAUCGCCUUCAUCAACGUCGUAUCCUACCGCCAGCUCAACCCCGCUGAGUGGAAUUGGGGCCCCAAAGCUGCCUUUUUCUGGGCUGGUACCAAUGCCAUAUUCACGGCAUGGGUCUUCUUCCGUUUGCCCGAGACUAAAGGACGAACCUAUGCUGAAAUCGAUAUCCUUUUCGACAACAAAGUACCUGCUCGUAAAUUCGCAGUAACCAAAAUCGAAACCUUGGUUCAGGGAACUGAGGGCGCGCAAAAGGAACAGGCCGAUCUUAUUAGCAGGGCUGCCACGAAUACAGAGGGGAGAACCGUGGGCGACUAAGGAGGAAUAAUGACUGCAACUCCUGAGCCGAGCUUCGUCUGAACCAAGAUGUAUAUCGUAUGCGAAUUGAAGCUAUAUAGUCGGUUAAAUCAAUGGACUUUUAUUUGACAGUCGCAAAGUGCAUAUAAAUCAUUUAUAAGUGAAC